UGAUUAAGCUUUAUUGCGAUUUUUUCUAAAAAAAAAAGUUCCCAUGCCCCAACAAAAGCAUUCUUUUUCUUUUCUUUCUAUUUUUCCGGUUCUCUUUUUUUGGGAGUAUUGAUCUUUGGAUUGCUUCUUUUUACUCCUUUUGUCGACCUUUUUUCGUAUCUCUUUAAUCUUCUUACGUCUUUCAUCUAUUAUUCUUCCGUUUGGCCUUUCACUGGCUUUUUAUUUUCCACAGUGUGACCUAGCUACUGAUUCUGUUAGGGCAAAGAAGAGGGUUCUUUCUUUCUUUUUGAAUCUCCUUGUUGCCGAUCGGUCCACCGGCAACCGACAUUCGAAAAGAAAAGAAGACCACUUGUAAACUUUUUCCAUUCUCCAAAAAGUAAAACUGCCCUCGCUUUCGUUAAAUAGCAUGACAACGACUACCAUCACAACCAGCACCACAACUACCAAGACCACGACACCUAGCUACUAUCAAACCACACUUCAAGUCUCACGUUCCCUAUUACAACCUUCAUUACCUUAUGACGUCUCUUCCCAUACCCCAAUCACAGAGAAUGAUGUAGUCAGCAAAGAUGUCAUUGUCAUGAACCAGUGGUUGGUCUUAUCCAAAAUAGGCGAAGGAUCGUUUGGCGAAGUUUUCAAAGUUCAAGAUAUCAACAAUGGACGAUUGUACGCUCUAAAACGGGAGCCUUUGGACAUGAAUCACCCGCAAUUGAGACACGAAAGUUACAUGUAUAACAUUCUCACUGGCGGAUCUGGCAUCCCACGUUGCCAUUGGUACGGUCAAUAUGACGAUUUUGACUGCAUCAUCGUGGAUUUGCUUGGACCCAACUUGAAGGAAUUAAGACAAUCGGUGUCGGUGAUGCCACUGGAUGUCACGGUUCAUCUAGGUUGCCAGUUGGUUUCCAUCAUGGAGCAUAUCCAUGGUCGGGGCCUUGUAUAUCGAGAUGUGAAACCCGAAAACUUCCUGUUGGCUGUUGAAGACGGUCUCUCAAUUCCCCAUUUCAGUUCAGCUGAGAAUAAUUUCCCAUGCCGCUCUUUUUUUCGCCAAUGGCGACGGCGCAUGCCCAAGAUUUAUGCCGUCGAUUUUGGUCUGGCUACUUGGUGGCGAAAUCCAAAAACCAGCAAACCUCAUCCUGAAGCAAAACGACCGAUUCGAAACAAGACAGGCACGGCAAGAUACGCUUCACUGAACGUGCAUCAUGGGGAACGACCUACUCGCAGGGACGACCUUGAAAGUCUUGGCUAUCUUGUCCUCGAACUCGUUCUCGACGGUUUACCAUGGACCGGUAUCCAGGCACGCACAUGCCGCUCAGGAUGGGAAAAGAUGCGAGCCGUCAAGGAAAGUACAAUGAUCAAAGAUCUAUGCACCGGACUCCCACGUGGAUUUCUCGAAUUCAUUGAAUACGUACGUCGACUUGGGUUUUUCGAUCGUCCUGAUUACGACUAUUUGAGGCGGUUACUGCAAGGAUCCCUUGAUGGAGGCGAAUUUUCUCAACGGGUAAAUCCCUCCCUCACAGGAUCGGUUUUCAAGCCAGCCCCAUCGGCCUAUGCAUUCCAGAAACAUCCGUUGAGUUCUUUGCAUCGUCCGUCGGCCAAGAUCAACGCAGGCAGAGAUCGUGAAGAUACUCGAGAGACACGACCCCGACGAUCAUCAUUCAAAGACAACACGAUGCGGUAUCGAAAGGCAAGCCUUCCUGAGGAGAACCGUGAAGGUGUAUUUAUGAUGAACGAACUUUCUCAUGCCCUCCAAUGCUUGGAUCCCACCAAGAAAGAAGACCUGCAUGCUCACCGUCGACGACGUAACAACAGCUAUAAGCAAAGCCGUACAGAGGAAGAAGGACCGCCCACGAGACGUUCUUACAUUCACUCUGACCGUGUGGUCAUGUCCACCUCGUCUUCGCAUCAAAAGCAGCCGUGGCGUCCUUACCGUAACACGUCAGCCGAUGUAUGGGCCGUGGGUAAACAAACUUGCAUCGUUUCCACUGCUAAAAAUACCGCCCAUCGACUUUGAACAGCCAAAUUACUUGCUUUGUUUUAAUAAAACGUAGCCCCAAAGCAAAUAGCCUUCAUUGGUAACAGUAACAAGCAUCAUUUCUAUCGAGUGCUAUGUUCGUCAGGGCCAGCGAAAAAUAAAAAAAAUAAUAAAGAAACCAAAAAUACAUAGGGCGUGAAAUAUACAUGCUUUUCGUUUACUCUUUCUGCA